CGCGACUGCAUCGGGAAAACUUCAUGCAAGCUGUGUGGUCGCUAAUGUGUGUGUUGUGGGCCGACUAGCAAUUCUAUUUCCUGCUUUAGUCCUACUCACUAGGUAUUAGGAUGUCUCUUUUGAGGGCCCCGGCUGUGGCUGGCCGUGCCGCGAGCGGUGCGACCAUGCCCUCUUGCCCACGCAGCGUUCGCGCCAGCGCUUUUAGCGGCCGCGUGUGCUCGCGUGCAUUCCAGUCGCUUGCUCGCCCCGGCCGUGUGCACGCGGUGGCCCCGGUCUCCGUCGCUGCGCCUGUUGAGCUGAAGACUGGCAAGCCCAAGCGCGAGGACGUGAUCACCGGCUCGGCCGACAACAAUGUUUCUGACUAUAUUUAUGAGAAGAUGGGUGCGGACCUCCAUCGCCAGCCGGACCACCCAAUUUGCAUAAUUAAGCAGGCCAUUUACGACUUCUUUGAGAAGCGCAACCCGGGCAUGUUUAAGACGUUCGACGACCGCUAUCCCAUCGUCACCACGCACGCCAACUUCGAUGAGGUGCUGGUGCCAAAGGACCACAUCUCCCGCUCCCCCAACGACACGUACUAUGUGGAUGCGAACACCGUGCUGCGCUGCCACACCUCGGCGCACCAGGCCGAGACGCUGCGCGCCGGCCACCCCGCCUUCCUGGUCACCGGCGACGUCUACCGCCGCGACUCCAUCGACUCCACUCACUACCCCGUGUUCCACCAGAUGGAGGGCGUGCGCGUGUUCACGGAGGCGGAGUGGACCGCCGCUGGCGCGGACGCCACGGCCCUGGCGGAGAAGGACCUGAAGGACGCCCUGGAGGGACUGGCCAAGCACCUGUUCGGCGACGUGGAGUGCCGCUGGAUUGACGCUUACUUCCCCUUCACCAACCCCAGCUUCGAGCUGGAGAUUUUCUUCAAGGGCAAGUGGCUGGAGGUGCUGGGCUGCGGCGUGAUGGAGCAGGUGAUCCUGGACGGCAACUACAAGCCGGGCCACAAGGCCUGGGCCUUCGGUCUGGGUCUGGAGCGCCUGGCGAUGGUGCUGUUCGACGUGCCCGACAUCCGCCUGUUCUGGAGCGGCGACGACCGUUUCCUCAAGCAGUUCAAGGCCGGCGACCUGUCUGCGCGCUUCAAGCCCUACUCCAAGUACCCCUCCUGCUACAAGGACAUGGCCUUCUGGGUGUCGCCCGAGUUCAGCGAGAACAACCUGUGCGAGCUGGUGCGCAACAUCGGCGGCGACCUGGUUGAGGAGGUGACUCUCAUCGACAACUUCACCAACAAGAAGACCGGCCGCACCUCCAACUGCUACCGCAUUGUGUACCGCUCCAUGGAGCGCUCCCUGACGGAUGAGGAGAUCAACGCCAUUCAGGACAAGGUGCGGCAGCAGGUGGCGGACGUGCUCAAGGUGGAGCUGCGGUAACCCCGCAGGGAGGCAGUGUGGCCGCCACCGUGUGGCGCUGCGGCGCUGCAUCGCUGGCGUACGGAUGACUGGACUGCAGGGCGGCUGGAUGAUGACGACAGGCGGGCGCGGCAGGGGAGGCGAAUGCGGCGGCAUGGCGGCACUGGCUGCAAGCAGGCGUGCCGGCGUACUGUGUGUGUGGGACGCAAGCAGGCGGUGUGCACGGUGCGUGGUCUUGGGGUGCUGUGAGCGUCGAGAGCAGAUUGGGCUGUGAGGGCGACAGGGGCACGGCCGGUAAUCUGCGGACGAUGCCCGCCGCGCAGAUGGGCAUACGCAGUCUAAAUAUUGGAUGAGUCAGCGUGGCUAGGUGGGUAUUUGGGGUUAGAUGGGUAGCCAUGCAUGUUACGACACAGUAGACAAGCCGCGCCGCGGAAUGGGCCAGCGACGGACCGGAAUGAAGUCCGAGCCUGGUCAAGGGUUAGCUGAGGACGGGGAGUAGUUGGGUAGGUUUGAUGCUGUGCUUAAUGGAGCGGAGCGCCAAUCGCACACUUCAAAAGGUGUGGACACUGGACAGGACGGGCGAAGAUCUGUAGACAACUUCGGGUUAACAAAUGGUGUAAUGCUUCUGAUUG